CAAACCACACUUCGCGCCCUUGGAGCGCUCUACUUACCUACCAGCUUUGGCCAGAUAUCCCUUACCAUACUAGGUCCCCGUCCUUUCGUCUUCUCUCUGCGCCCUAAAAACUCCUAGAUACCUCAUCAUGUCUACUCCAUCAGUAGACUACUAUGCCACUCUCGAAAUUGACUCCAAAGCAUCCCAGCAACAAAUUCGCGAUGCCUACAAGAAAGCCGCUCUAAAACACCACCCCGACCGCGUCCCCUCCGACUCCCCAGAGCGCACCGCCCGCACCAAGAAAUUCCAACAGAUAAACGACGCCUACUAUACGCUCUCAGACCCAACCCGCCGCCGCGAGUACGACGCCGCGCGUAGCUACAACUUCAACUUCACAGGCACAACCGCCACCCCCGACUCCGAAUAUGAAGAAGAAGUCCCACGCGCCAACACCGCCGGCGGCGGCUUCCCUUGGUCCGCUUUCGGCUUCGGCAGCGCACCUGCCGGCGACAACGAGGAAAGCCACAACCGCUUCUCGAACGAGCAGUUCGGCGGCAUGUUCGAGGAGAUGCUGAGGGAGGAAGGUAUGGCGGAGGGAGAUCAGGCGAGCCCAACGGGCAAGUUCUGGAGCGUUAUUGGUGGGCUGAGUGGAGGGACUAUGGGGUUUAUAGUGGCGAACUUCCCGGGCAUGGUUGCUGGCGCUGUGGCUGGCAAUAGGCUGGGGGCAAUUCGAGACGCGAAGGGCAAAAGUGUGUAUUCGGUGUUCCAGGAGUUGCCGCAGGCGGAUAAGGCGAGGCUGUUGAGUGACCUGGCGGCGAAGGUGUUUGCGCAUGCGGUGGGCUCAUAAGGGAGAUGCGUGCAAAUACCUGAGCAGUGUGAUUGCUUGAGCCUCUUUGUUAUGGGAGUAAUGGUCGGGUAGGGAUUGGUAAUGAUAUCCUGAGGUUUUGGGUCUUUGGUCAUCUGAUUUAGAUAGGAGGAAUACACAUGGUGCAUUGGAUCUUUCUUCUUCCCCUCGAACGCAGUUCACUAUGCUAUUCUUUACUCAGUCGGUGUGUUGGAAG